ACCUCCCCCCCUCCUCCCUCCUGGAGGUAAUUGGAGCAGACAGCAGUUGGCCAGGCCGGCCUGACUGACGGACAACAACAGUCCAGAGUGACCAAACCAAAACUCUGCGCUGAACACUUCCAGAGAGGAAGUUGAAGAAGUUGGAUUAACCCACCGAGGAUCUGUGUUUUCAGGAGGAGAGGAGUUUGGUUCUGGGGUUUCGCCAUGAAAAGCCUGGAUGUGAUUCUGCUAGCAUGUUGCUUCUGCAGCUUGAGCACAUUAGGAGAGCAAAAAAACCCAGAGACCAAUCUGAAGCUAACAAGUGAGAUGCCCAGCAGCAGCGGCCUGCUUUACCUCAUCUGAUGUUGUUGUGUUUUCGUCGGCUCAGGUGCUGCUGAAAUGGAGCAGAAUUUGAUGAAGACCAUCUUCACCGGCUACAACCUAAAGGUCCGGCCGGCUCGCAGCCCCGAAGAGAGGGUGGUGGUCCGUGUGGGGAUGGUCCUCUCCUCCUUCGUUGGACUGAACAUGAAAAAUGAAGAAAUGAGCACAGUUGUUGUCAUGAAUCUGGAAUGGACAGAUCAUCGGUUGUCGUGGAAACCAAAGCAGUUUGAUGGGAUUGAGGUGUUGCGUAUCCCCGCUGGGAAGGUGUGGCUUCCUGACAUUGUCCUCAUCAAUAACAAUGAUGGGGUGUUUGAUGUGGCCCUGCAUGUCCAUGUUCAGGUUUAUAGUAACGGCAGGGUCACCUGGACCCCCCCUGCUCUGUACUGCAGCGCCUGUGGAGUCAAGGUAACAUAUUUCCCAUUUGACUGGCAGAAUUGCACCAUGCAGUUCCGCUCCUACACAUAUGACUCGACAGAAAUCGACCUUCAGUACGCCCUGGACUCGAGAGGCAACGAGAUCCGGGAGAUCCAAUUAGACGAAGCUUUCAGCGAGGGCGGCGAGUGGGCCAUCAGGCAUAAGCCGAGCAGGAAGAACAUGAAUGAUGACCUGUACGAAGACAUGACCUUCUACCUGAUCAUCGAGAGGAAGCCUCUGUACUACGUGCUCAACAUCAUCCUCCCCUGCAUUCUCAUCACCAUCAUUGCCAUUUUUAACUUCUACCUGCCUCCUGAUGCAGGUGAGAAGAUGGGCCUGUCCAUCAACGUGCUGCUCACCCUCACUGUGUUCCUCUUGCUGCUGGCUGAUAAAAUCCCCGAGACCUCGCUGGGUGUCCCCAUCAUCGUCAACUACAUCAUGUUCACCAUGAUCCUGGUCACGUUCUCCGUCAUUCUCAGCGUGGUCGUGCUCAACCUCCACCACCGCUCGCCCAACACCCACAUGAUGCCCCUGUGGAUGCGCAAGAUCUUCAUCCAUCUGCUGCCUCCAUAUCUGGGCAUGCUGAGACCAAAAGUGGAGACGCCCCUGUCCCUGGAGGCCGUGCCCCGCCGGGAGAAGAAGAUAUUUGUCAUCAGCAAAGCGGCUGAUGAGUAUUUCAUACGCAAACCCGACACCUCCAUCUUGUUCCCCAAACCCAACAGGUUCCAGCCAGAGGGCAUGUGCACAGAUCUGAGGAAGUUCAUUGAUGGACCCAGUAGCUACCUUACGCUACCCGACGAGCUCAAGUCAGCCAUAGACGCCAUCACGUAUAUCGCUGAGGCUCUGCAGGCCGAGAAGGACUAUGAAGCUCUGAAAGAGGACUGGCAGUACGUAGCCAUGGUGGUGGAUCGCAUGUUCCUCUGGAUCUUCGUCGUCUUCACCACUGUGGGCACCUUGGCCAUCUUCAUUGAUGCUAGUUAUAACCACACGCCCACCGACCCGUUUCCAAAAUCCCCCUGAAGCGUUGGAAGAGUUUGAUUUUUCUUGAACCACCUCGUGCCACCAUUUUCCCAAGAAACGGGGAAGUUGCGCAGCUCUUCCAGUGCAUGUUGAGAAGGCAACAGACUGUCCUGCCAGCGAUACUUGGUGUCCAAGAUGCCUUUUGUAAAUCUGAUACUGUCCCGUGCAACCAAUUCCUUCAGAAUUGCAGCUGCAACUGCUUUGUCAAACCAGUUAUUAUACCUUUUCUUGGAUGACGUAGAAUUUGCAUAGUUUUAAAGCAACUAAAACUGCCUUGUACGUGUAAGAACAUUGAUUGUUGCAUGUAACAUAUCAAUCAAGCUAAUGUUAGCAUACUUUACAUGUGUUUGUAUAUGAUAGAAUUGAAGCUACUGGUGUGUUUUUAGCAUAUUAGCUUCAUUAGGACUGUAAGUCUGAAGUGUGGAUCCGACACAUAAACACCAAGACAAACCAGAUGCUAUAAUGAGCAUGCUUGUAUGCCUUUCAUUUCCCUGUGUCAGAAUGUGCCAGAGUGUGGCACAUGCUCCGUGGAUAUUUCUGCGGCCCCGGUAAUCCUCUUUGUAUGUGUGCGUUUGCAUGGAAGGCUAUUCUUAUGUCGGCGUGCGAAGCGGCACGGCAUGUCAAUUCACCAGCUGCACCAAUAGCCGUUGGAAUUCCCGCCGUAUAGAAAGCGAGUGGCCCUCGGUGUGGCACUCGCUCGCGGAUGUACUCCACACGUCCUCUUUGUGAUUCUCACAUGACACAAACACACAUCUGCCCUUUUAAUCUUGUGCUUUCAUUUUGUUUUGGUCUUUUAAAUAAAGAUCUGAGGAGAGGA